GGGGUGUAUAGUAAGAGACGCCGCAGUCUCGUGAUCCAGGCCCCCGGGCGAGUCGCCCCUUUUAUAACCAUACACAAUAUGCGGUCCUGCGAGUAACGUUAGUAUAUCCGACAGGGGACAAUGCGUGUACAGCGAACCUAAAGUCGUCUCGUGCUACUAUACUUUCCGGUCUGAGAGGCGAACCACCUAACAUAGUACGGGACCACCAUGGACGCCCCGGUGAAUCUGGCCGUCCCAGUCAAGUUGGACGCCUUCGUAUUCAACGAACAAGUUUGCGAUGGGGGUCCCCGGGAGGCCAAGAUUGCGCCCCUCACGCAGCCAAACUACACCUUCCUCCAGCUCAGCGACAGCUUGAUACAGAACGACAUUCUCAACCAUGUUGACCUGCACAACUCGAUCCCUGCCGCUUCCAACCCUCGCCUGCGAGAUCUGGGCCGGAAUGGAGCGGUGCGUAGCAAUCGUCUCGGCGUGUACCUGCACUGGAUGAUCCCUCGCUUCUACCGAAGCGGCGUGGCGGCCACGCCGUCGGCGGAGAGCAAGCACGCCCCAGAGAGACGCAAGAAAGGGUUCGCGGCGGUGGACCCGUCGGCUGCCGACUAUAGCUCGCCCGAGUUUUCUCCGCUGCCGAAUCGCUGGCUCGUGAUCCGCAAGCUGGAUCCGGACGCGCCGACAACGCUGCCAAAGGGCGCACAGGUGGAUGCCGUGACGGCGUGGAUCAUCGAGGGCGACCGGGUGCGGCACAUUGACGACGACGAGCUCGACGGCAAGGAUCUGCAGGUCGAUGUAUCCCCCUUCAUCACGUCCAAGAGCCAGGAUGCUACGGACCCAACGAAGAUCGCGCUGGCCGAACAAGCCGAAAUCUUUAUCGGCUACAAGACCAACGCUCAGGGCUGGGCCGAGAAGGCCGGGCUGGACAGGGCCGACCUCACCGUCGUCAGCGCGUCCAACCAUCUCUUCCCCGACUACCAGCCCCACUGCAGCAACGUGUUCUCCACGCUGGACGACUUCGCGUGCACCAUCGACGGGCAGCCCGGCCAUCUCACGGGGGCCGUCGCAAGCUACUACGUCAUGGGCUGGCACUCGGACAGCGCCAACGAUCCGCUCGGCAAUCUGGACCCACACGGCACUACGACGAGGGGGGACCGGAUCCGGAGCCGGUCCAUGGGCCUGAACGGCACCUUGCCGUACCCGAAGCCCGUGCAGGACUGGCUCGACGCCAAAACCGCCUCUCGCGUCCUCUGUCACGGGGCCAUGUACGGCGUGCGGUGGGAUGCCAACACGCUGCCGCCGAAGGUGCCGGCAAACAAGGCGUCGGAGCACCUGACCGACGACAUGCCGGUGGCGGUCGGCACGACGCCCAUGGACGCGCUCCUCGCGUACGUCGACGCGCAUCAGAUAGCAGACCUGGAGAAGGAUCUGCACGCGCUCGAACCGCUGCUCCGGGCACGGGACGACGGGGUGCAGGCCCAGCGGGCGGCCACCGACGAGCUUCAGAAUUGGAACCAUGCGCGCACGUCGGGCGGUGUGCACUGGCACUUCCAGAACGAAGCGGGAAAGGAGGCCCAGACCCCGCCGGCCAUUGACGCUGACAACCUCGAGGCGCUGAACCAAGCCCAGCGGCUGGCCGACGCGACGGCGCGCCAGCUAGUGCCGCUGCGCUGGGAGAUGUUCUCGUACUGGUGGCAGUUUGUGUGCCUGUCGGCGGAAGACCGCAAGAAAGCCGCGUAUCCGCUCGAGUCGCUGUCGGCGCGCUUCGCGGCCCUCGACAAGCUUUACCACGACCAGCAGGCGCAGGUCACGAACCUAUCCAAGGACACGACCAUGUUCCGCAAGCUGCCCACGCCCGGGGUCCACCCGGAGUUUGCCGAGGCCCGUGAUCCCACACUGCUCGUGGGCGGCAUCCAGGCUGGUUGGCCCGACGACUAUCUGGACACGCUCCGGGUCCGCCUGGACUCGCAACUGAUCCGGCCGGACUCGGCCCUGGUUCCGCCCGGCAGCGGCAUGGCGCCGUACUGCACGACCGUGCUCCCGGCCGAACUCCAGCCGACAGCUGCCGCACUGGCCCAGGAGUUCAUCACGCUGGAGGGGGGGAAGCAACGAGCGGUUGACCCACCACCCGAUGCCAGCUCCUCCUACCCGCCCUUGUACCACGACACCGGCAAGCACGGAGCCCCCGGCCAGCCCUUCCGCGACCAGUGGGGGGACACCCAGCCGUGGUUUCCGCUCUUCGUCGAGUGGGAGGUCGAGUAUUUCCACAUUCCCUGGCCAGACUGGGAGCUGAACGGCGAGCGCAAGGACCAGCUCGAUCCGCGGUGGAAGCUGGGCAUCCGCCAUGGCUUUGAGCUAGCGGCUGCGCACAUCUCGGACACGCGCACGCUGUCCGGGCGCAUCCUGCUGCUCCCGCAGCCCAAUUUCUCGCUCCAGGCGGCGAUACAGGACCUCUGGAGCAACACGGACCCGCGCGUCCUCGAGAAGUAUCUGCCGGACCCCAAGCAGCGAGAGACUGUGCGCGACACGGCCUACACGCUGCCGUUCCUGUCGGCGCCCCUCGACGGCUUCGCCGCCGAGCUCAUCACGCUGGCCAAGGGGACGCAUGUCAAGCCCAACGUCCGCUUUCCCCAGACGGGGUACGCCAUCAGCGGCAUCCAGCCGCUGCCCGACGCCGUCGCGGGCCCCUUUGGGAAGGCCGAGCUGGGCAUUGUGGGCGCAGAAUCCGAGCUCACGCCGUUUGGGCGGCUCGUGCUCUUCGACAUGCCCUCGCCCUCGCCCUCGACUGGAGGGACAGGCGACACCACCGGCCCCUUGCCAUUCAAACCCGCCAGGCACGGCCAGUUCCGCUUUUCCAAGCUCAACAUCGUCGACAAGUUCGGCCAGGCCAUCUCGGCCAUCGACCCCCGCUACGGCCACGAGCACGACGAGGCCGUGUACCCCUGCCUGAGCAGCUACUUUGCGCCCCAGCAGCUGGCCGGCGGCCAGCCCAACGCGGUACGGCCUCCCGCCCGGCCGGGCUACUGUGAAUUCGCCCAGGUGCCACCGGCUAUCAACCAGCCGGCGCGGCUGAACUGCACCUUCGUAAAGCACGACGAGCGCUGGGACCGCGACAAGACGGGCUACGCAUACUGGCGUCCCACGACCGAGUGGGAGUCGCCCGUGUGGGGCUGGGUCGUGCUGAACUACGCCGACUACGGCGUGCAGAUCUUCUUGCCCGACGGCACCUUCUACCGCGAGGUGCGCCUCGCAUCGCCGACGGCACCCGGGCAUACCUCCGCCGGCGCCAAGUGGCUCCCCUUCGACCCGCCCGCCACGCCGCCGGCGGGAACGGGCCAGCUGGAUCGGCUCCUCGAGCGGCUCGCCGCCCUGGACCAGACCUAUCUGCUUUCCUUCCUCGCCAUGCUGGGCGCAUCGCUCGACGCGACGGCUUCGGCACCCAGCGCAUACGGGACCUUCCUCAACAGCCUCGUCGGGCGCCCCUUGGCGCUGGUCAACGCGGCCUGGAGUCUCGAGCUCGCCACCGACGCCUGCAAAGACCAGUCGUCGCUGGACGGACACGAGCACAAGAAGCAGCAGACAAGCCUGCUCGACAACGGCGACGGCGAGCACGUCUACCAGUUCCCGCUCAAGCUCGGCGACAAGGCCCGCGCGAACGACGGUCUUGUCGGCUACUUUCCCGCCCAGCAGACCGACACGCCCCAGCCCGGCGACGAGCUCGACCUGGACGUGGCCUACACGUAUUAUCCCGCUGCCCCCGGUGAGCUCGCCCCCGGCCACCAGCGGCCAACAACAACAGAACCUAUCGGGCCCGACAACUACCCCAAGCUCCAGGCCUUCUGGUGCCCACCCGACCGCUACACACCACCCGCGGUCACGGACCCGCAGACCGCAGCGCGGAACUACGCGCGCGACUGGAACGCGGCGCUGCGCGUCUUCGGCCUGAUCGUGGACCCGUUCGUGCCGGUGACCUCCUUCACGGGCGGCGUGCAGCCCGCGGGGAGUCUGGCCUUGCCUCCGUGGACGUGGCAGGCGGCGCUGCACCGCAUGACGGCCUUUUUCCACGCGGGGCCGCUGCUCGUCACGCGCGACGUGCAGGAGUACUGGGACCGCGAUCCGUGCCAGACGCUUAGGCCUGCGUAUGCGUUGAGCCCGCCGGACCAGGACCAGACUGUCAAAGACAGCCACGUGGGCAUUCCGGCCUUGGAUGUGGCGAGCUGGGCUUGGUUGCAGCCGUUUUGGAAUGCGGCUUCUUCUGGCACCGCGAGUGCUGCCGCCGCUAGUCGUACGGAGAAGGAGGAGGAAGGGGGGAAGCAGGAGUAUAUGGCUCUCGGGCUGGCCAAAGUAGACGGGAAGCCCGCGUACGAAAAGGGGCCGUAUACCGCGCUCGAAGGCUAUUUGCAGCUGAAGGCGCCGAUUGUUAGGCCGAGUUGAAACCCGGCAAAAAAUUCUUUUGUUGCAUUACCCAAAAGUUGCCCUCAUCAGCCCCCG